AUGAGUUUUAUUUUGUGUUUCGGGGCACAGAUAGCAACCAUAAAAGGCUUUGAAUUCACUCUCAACCCUACUACUACUACUACUACUACUACUACUACUACUACUUCCACUACUACUACUACUACUACUACUACUACUACUACUACUACUACUACUACUACUACUACUACUACUACUACUACUACUACUACUACUUCCACUACUACUACUACUACUACUACUACUACUACUACUACUACUACUACUACUACUACUACUACUACUACUACUACUACUACUACUACUACUACUACUACUUCCACUACUACUACUACUACUACUACUACUACUACUACUACUACUACUACUACUACUUCCACUACUACUACUACUACUACUACUACUACUACUACUACUACUACUACUACUACUACUACUACUACUACUACUACUACUACUACUACUACUACUACUACUACUACUUCCACUACUACUACUACUACUACUUCCACUACUACUACUACUACUACUACUACUACUACUACUACUACUACUACUACUUCCACUACUACUACUACUACUACUACUACUACUACUACUACUACUACUACUACUACUACUUCCACUACUACUACUACUACUACUACUACUACUACUACUACUACUACUACUACUUCCACUACUACUACUACUACUACUUCCACUACUACUACUACUACUACUACUACUACUACUACUACUACUACUACUACUACUACUACUACUUCCACUACUACUACUACUACUACUACUACUACUACUACUACUACUACUACUACUACUACUACUACUUCCACUACUACUACUACUACUACUACUACUACUACUACUACUACUACUACUACUACUACUACUACUACUACUUCCACUACUACUACUACUACUACUACUACUACUACUACUACUACUACUACUACUUCCACUACUACUACUACUACUACUACUACUACUACUACUACUACUACUACUACUACUACUACUACUACUACUACUACUACUUCCACUACUACUACUACUACUACUUCCACUACUACUACUACUACUACUACUACUACUACUACUACUACUACUACUUCCACUACUACUACUACUACUACUACUACUACUUCCACUACUACUACUACUACUACUACUUCCACUACUACUACUACUACUACUACUACUACUACUACUACUACUACUACUACUACUACUUCCACUACUACUACUACUACUACUUCCACUACUACUACUACUACUACUACUACUACUACUACUACUACUACUACUUCCACUACUACUACUACUACUACUACUACUACUACUACUACUACUACUACUACUUCCACUACUACUACUACUACUACUACUACUACUACUACUUCCACUACUACUACUACUACUACUACUACUACUACUACUACUACUACUACUUCCACUACUACUACUACUACUACUACUACUACUACUACUACUACUACUACUACUUCCACUACUACUACUACUACUACUACUACUACUACUACUACUACUACUACUUCCACUACUACUACUACUACUACUUCCACUACUACUACUACUACUACUACUACUACUACUACUACUACUACUACUACUACUACUACUUCCACUACUACUACUACUACUACUACUACUACUACUACUACUACUACUACUACUUCCACUACUACUACUACUACUACUACUACUACUACUACUACUACUACUACUACUACUACUACUACUACUACUGCAGAGACAGUGGAGGUUAUAGAAGUUAAGGGUGGUGAGUAUGACUGUGGUGGUCUGAAUGAUAAUGGCAGCAAAGAUAAGGUUUGA